CCGACAAAAACAGGAUAUCGCAAGUUCGCUGAUUUCAGAGGAAUUAUUCGACAAAUUUCACAAGUCUCUACCUAAAAUCGUAAAUAAUGUUUUCAGCAAACGAACUUCUUUAAAUUUAUUAGGAGUCGAGAAUCAUAUAAAAAAGAUUGCCGAUCACAGUUUGCACAAUGGGAACAAGUUAUGUGGUUCCCUGAUGUUGUACACAUACAAAACAUUGGCAACUAAAGAUAAUAUAACUGAACAGUCGUUUUAUUUAGCUUGUGUACUCGCUUGGUCAGCAGAAUUGUUUCAGUGUUUAUUUAAUAUUUUGGAUACUAUAGAAGACAAUAGAUACGCAGAAAAUGUACAAGUUAAAACGCUGCAUUUGCUUCCGGACGCCAAGGCUGGGGCUAACGAUGUGUGUCUAAUUAUAAGUUCAAUAUAUGAAAUAUUGAAUAUACAUUUUGCAGAUAAAUCGUCGUAUAACAAUGUUAUAAAUCUGUUCAACACAGCUUUCUUGUAUAAGGCAACUGGACGGCACUUCGACGCCAUUGUAUCUAAAGCGACGACCGGAAAUUAUGCACUAUUUACAACCGAACAAUAUGAUAACAUCGUUUAUUUAUAUAAUACCUAUUCCACUUUACAUUUACCAAUUUAUUUAGGAAUGACACUGGCUGCAAAAGUAAAUGAAAAAUAUAUGCAAGAUGUACAGGACAUAUGUAUUGAUAUUGGUAGACUAUUUCAAAUGCAGGUUGAAUACCAGGAUUGCUUUGGAGAUGGUGUAAUGGACAAAGCGAGUAACGCUAUUGGGAAUGGGAAAUGUACAUGGUUGGCAGUAACCGCGCUGCAGCGCUGUACUCGUCCCCAACAAAUCGUUUUUAACUCAUGCUAUGGUAGUCCUGAACCAGCGCACAUGGAGCGAAUUAAGGAGUUAUACAGAAAGCUGAAAUUGCCACAAAUAUACCACGAACAAAAUAGGGCUAUUCGGAAGCGUAUAGCGCAGAGAAUAGAAGCCCUAUCUCAAAAUGAUAAAGGUGAAACGCUUCCACCUGAAUUAUUUACAGAUUUUCUGAAACAAACAAUUCAUGACGAUAAGUAAACCAC